AUGGUAGCUAGAGAAGCACGAGGUCGAUGUUCAUCAUCAUCGACAAAUGCUACAAAUGCAUCGUCAACAACGAAACAAAGACGAGUCUCAUCAACUAGUCAUGAGAAAAAGAAAGUGGCUAAACCUAUCGGAAUUUGUGGAUUUUGUCUGGGCGAUAACUUGAAGAAUGCCAACGGUGUUCCAGAAAAAAUGAUAAAUUGCGCCGAGUGUGGAAAUUCUGGACAUCCUUCAUGCUUGCAAUAUUCCGAAAAACUAGUUAAAAAAAUUCGGACCAUCCGAUGGCAAUGUAUCGAUUGUAAGCGGUGUAUCGUUUGUAAUAAGAGUGAUGACUCGUUGUUGUUUUGUGACUUUUGUGAUUCGGGUAUUCAUCCUAAAUGUUGCGAUCCACCAUUGGAUGAGAUCCCUGAUGAUGAUUUUACUUGUUAUCUGUGCCGCAAUGAAAUACCUCCAUCACCAAAAAAGACUUUAGUCAAAACUUUAUCGACCUCAUCAACGUCAUCAAGGCGUUCACGUCGAAGUCAACAUUCGAAUAGUGAUGAUGCGUUUGCACAUGCUGCUGAACUUCCCGAUGAGAUGUCAAACGGUUUCUUAUCGAAAAAACCUCAAACGAAUCAUAUUCGACAACAAUCUGUACAAAAAGCUAUGAAGUAUUUACGUGAUAAGAAAGCAAUCAAAACCACGAAUAAAAAAUUACUUAAAAGACUGCAUUCCCCUACAUUAGCCAUCAAAUCCAGCAAAGAGAACACAGAUAUAAAAAAUGAGUUGCUAGCGAAGACCAUUUUAGCAUCAUCGAAAUCACAACGAAUUCGCAAAGAGCCGUCAAACGAUGAUUUAUCUUCCACUCCUCAAACAAGUACCCCGCUAUUGACACGUCAAUUAUCCAAUAGAAAACUUUUACCGAUUGAUCCCAUUACACCACCUCAUCGAAAUAGUCGUCGAACUGAUAUUCCCUCAGUCGAUGAAUCCAAUAAAAUAAAUUCGAAACGAAAGCAUUCAACUAAUUCUUUAUCACCAAUAUCAGCAACAUCAGCGUCUACACUUAAAAAACGAACAAGAAAAGAUUCACCCGUGAGAAAUCAUAAACGAAAAGAUAGUCAAACCGAAGAUGAUCAUUCCGAUGCUGAUGAUCUCAAUGGUAAACAUAUGAAAACCAAUGGUUACAAACAGAAAAUCAAUUUAAACUUGUCGAAAUACGAUAAUUUACCUGGAUUCAUUCACGAUUCUCUUCCUGAGAAUGUCACCGAACACGAUGUGUAUUUAUUUCUUGAAUCGCGUGCAAAUUGUACUAAACUCGUAACAGAUUGUUCCGAAAAAUUUCAUCAUUCAAGUGAGUCUCUCGAAGACGAUGCUACCAAUACUCGUUGGCCACCAUAUAUCGUUCUUGGGUCGGAGUUAUUGAAAACUUGGUACUCAUCAUCCUAUCCUCAGGAAUAUGCACGUGUUCCACGUUUGUACAUCUGUGAAUUUUGUUUGAAGUAUAUGAAAUGUGAACAGGUCUACGAUCGUCAUCGUAAAAAAUGUACAAUGUUUCAUCCACCUGCAAACGAAAUCUAUCAUAAAGAUGAUUUAUCCGUGUUCGAAGUCGAUGGAAAUACCAGCCGAAUCUACUGUCAAAACUUAUGUUUGUUAGCCAAAUUAUUUCUUGAUCACAAAACACUUUACUAUGAUGUUGAACCAUUUUUAUUCUACGUUUUAACAAGGAACGAUGCCAAUGGUUGUCAUUUUAUCGGGUAUUUUUCCAAAGAAAAACAUUGUCCACAAAAAUAUAAUCUUUCAUGCAUAACUGUUUUACCUAUUUGUCAACGUCGGGGUUACGGACGUUUCCUCAUUGAAUUGAGCUAUUUGAUAUCUCAAAAAGAAGGACAAGUUGGCACGCCAGAACGACCCUUAUCGACAUUAGGUGCACAAACCUAUGAAGCAUACUGGAAAAUCAAAAUCGUUGAACAAUUACUCGUGUAUUACAAUGAAAACAGUCCGAAAUGUUUAUUAAAAACGAUAAUGAGUAGAACAGGAAUGGCUAUUGAUGAUAUUGUCGACACGUUACAGAAUCUAGGCAUUUUAACAAUGAAAUCUAAUGGCAAGCCAGUUAUAUCUGCCGACGUGACACAGUUAGAAACGAUAAUGACCAAAGAAAAGAUCAAACAUGCCCAUUGGGUGAAAAUCGAUAGUGAAUAUCUUCGUUUUACUCCGGUACUGACACCGCUAUUGCUGGCUAACGAAGAAAAAGCUGUGGAAAAAGAAGUGAAAGAAAUACAAAUUGUGUUCAAGGAAAUCGGCCGUGAAGCAGCUGAAGCAGCAUCAUUAGCAGCCGAAGCAGCAGAUGGUUGUCAAACUGCAGACGGUGUUCGCUAUAUCCGUCGACGAAAGUUUGGACAGAAACGUCGUUCGAUUAUUGUUAAACGUCGAACACCAAUGGCAAAUAAAUCGAAUAAAAAUGAUUCGAUGAUUACGCACAAUGACAGUUAUUCAGCAGAUAUCAUAGCAAAUGAUGUUGAUGAGCAUUCUCAAGAGUAUAAGCCUCGUCGAUCGAAAAUGGUUGCUUCUGAGCCAGUUAUUAAGGAAGAUGACAUAGAAGAAGAAGAAGGCGAAGAAAAGGACUCAGCAACAGCGACAGUGAUGCAGGAAGAAACUAAGACUGCUCCAGUAGAAUCUUCGCCGAAACCUCCUGCGAAACAAUCUGCAUACAAACAAUUGAAACUUGACCAGUUUAUAAAAAUCGCCUCAGUGAAAGAAACACCAGUAUCAGUAAAAGCAUCAACGGACGAAAAACCGGAAUCUAAUAAUCAUGUUCCAUAUCCUGAAACAGAAGCGAAAACAGACAGCAACGAUGAAGUUCAAUCGGAAACAAGACGAAUAACCCGAAAUACUCGUCUACAUUCAACGUCAAAAUCAGAAGCUGAACCAGUUAAACUAGAGGAGAACGUCGCUACAGAAACGUCAACCAAACCAGAUCUGAAUCAUGAGAAUUCUGUUACAAGACAAAUUAGCGAAGGAGGCGUUUCCACUGAGUCGUCUAGCGACAGUUUAUCAAUUGCAGAUGCUCCUCGUUCGUCGUCUGCAGCAAACAAUAUGGAUCGACCAUUGCCAUUGAAGAAACGAGCUUUAGCAUCGGUAGAUAUUCAAUCUUUAGCUGACGAUACCCUUUCGCCAUCGAAGAAUAAACCAAAUCAGCCUCAUUUAAUGCGACAACUGAGUACAGCGACGACAUCAACAAAUCCGCCUGAAACACCCUCAUCACUAUCAGAUAUUCUUGCAAAUCCAUUUCUCUCAUCACCAUCAAUCAGUGGUACCGAUGAUGAGACUAAAAUUGCUCGUAUUGAAUCUCAGCUGAAAGAAGACACCGUUGAUAUAAUCAACAAUAAUCAUGUAGAGAAAGAAGAAGAAGAAGAGCCAACAUCUUCUUUGAAUCGAUUUGAAACGACAAUCAAACCAGUGGAAAUCACUGAAGAUCAGUUACCACCACGUUCGACAUCACCUACAUCAAUGAUUGUUUCUCAAUCAAAUCAUUACAACUAUUCGACUAAAAACAAACAACAGCAACUACAACAACCGCACCAAGCAAUACCAGUCAAUAGUUUUCAUGGAUCUACGAAUAUGGCUUAUAGUUUUAAUAACUCAGCAUAUCCAUAUCCUUACCCUCCAGUACCACCCUACAGUGUUCCACCAUAUUACUAUCCACCAAAUGCUGCGAUGGAUUACAUGUCCUAUUAUUCUGCAUCGUCAUCAUCGUCCAUCUAUCCACCGCCAGGCUCAAUCUAUGGUGAUACAACUGAACAACAAUCUUACUAUACAUCGAAUAGUAUGAAUUCUAUUGCGUAUAACGGUAAUGGAACCGCACCCUAUAUUUAUCCAAGUGCACAAUCAUCAGCGCCCGCGCCCACAGCCACUCAACAACACUAG